AUGAUGCGACCGAAGGCGAAUAGCCUCGCGCAAGGGGAAAUCGGGGCACCUCCGGCAUCCAGCAUUUGCUCAGCGGACUUAGCGGACGGCGAGUCGGACCCAGAGGCCCUCCAUCCACUCCUGUGGAAUAGUCGCCUCCGGAGAGGCCAAGGGGGGCGCCGUUACAUCAUCGGCUCGCUGAAUGCUUCGGCGCCACGAGGAGAUUUUCGCGUGGUCGUUCCUGCUCUCUGGAGUACGUGGGAAACCCGCUUCUGGGACUGGUGGAGGCGACUACGACGGAGGCCGCGAGCUGCUCUGGGCCAAGAGGCGUCGAAACUCUGUGAGGUCCUUCAAAACGCUGAGGCCGUCGCGACCGGGCCGCCUGCCGGCAUCAGCCACCGCGACGGAUUCUUUCCCAGACUUCUGAUGACCGCGUUAUGGGACAGCCUGCAGCCUCAAGACCCUCCGAUGCAAGAGGUUUUCGAGGCGGCCUAG